CGACGGCUGAAGCGUCCGACCCUUCCCGGGGCCGCGAAAGCUCGCAGAGACAGCAACCCCAGCUGUCUUCUUCCAAACGUCCAAAACAAGCCGGUACUUGGCCUAUUGCCGCUAUGGAGCCUGAUGUGGAUACCAUCAUAGAAAAGUUACUAAAAGUUCGUAAUAACAAACCCGGAAAACAAGUUCAGCUGGCUGACUCUGAAAUCCGUUUUUUGUGUUCAAAAGCCCGAGAAAUUUUCUUAGAACAACCGAUUCUGCUGGAAUUGGAGGCUCCAUUAAAGAUUUGCGGCGAUAUUCAUGGCCAAUACCAUGACCUUCUAAGACUCUUUGAGUACGGUGGUUUUCCUCCUGACGCAAACUACUUGUUCCUGGGCGAUUAUGUAGAUCGCGGUAAACAAAGUCUGGAAACAAUUUGUCUGCUAUUUGCAUACAAAAUUAAAUUCCCCGAAAACUUCUUCCUUCUCCGUGGAAACCACGAGUCUGCAGCCAUCAACAGAAUCUACGGAUUCUAUGACGAGUGCAAGCGUCGGUAUAGUAUUAAGCUGUGGAAGCAGUUUACCGACUGCUUUAACUGCUUGCCCAUUGUCGCUGUGAUAGACGAGAAGAUUAUUUGCAUGCAUGGUGGUCUCUCACCCGACUUGCGGUCCUUCGACCAAAUCCAGCAAAUCAUCCGACCCACAGACGUGCCAGACAGCGGUCUGAUGUGUGAUUUGCUUUGGUCGGACCCUGAGGAAGGCGUUACUGGCUGGGGAGAAAAUGACCGUGGUAUUUCGUACGUCUUUGGAGCAGACGUGGUGUCGCGAUUUUUGCAAAAACAUGAUAUGGACUUGGUGUGUCGAGCCCAUCAAGUUGUAGAGGAUGGCUACGAAUUCUUCUGCAAGCGUCAUCUCGUCACUAUCUUUAGUGCACCCAAUUAUUGCGGUGAAUUUGACAAUGUGGGCGCCAUGAUGAGCGUCAACGACAAUCUGCUUUGCAGUUUUCAGAUUUUGAAACCCGCUGAAAAGCGUCAGCGCAACAGUCAGGUACUAGCCCACGAAGCUGCCCGCACAGCAAACAACAAGAAGCCCAAGAAAUAGUGAAUUACUUUUGGCUUCAAGCUUCCCGAAAGAACUCAUCCCCCCAUAUAAACCAAACCUACGACCCCUCCCUCUCCUAAAACGUACUUGUCUAUUAGAUGUAUCUUUUCCAAAUAUAAUUGUCUGUAGUUAAUACCGGGAAGACAGUCGUGUCUGUGA